AUGGCAUCACCCAACUCCGGAGUCUCCAAGGUGCUCAUCUACCUGCUGCGUCGUGACCUGCGGGUCACGGAUAACCCCGUCCUGGACGAGGUCGCACGGCUAUACGAGGGCCGUGAUAGCGGGGAGCACAUAUCAUCCCAGCCCGUUCCCGACUUCACCCAUCUCCUUCCCUUGUACGUCUUCCCGGCGCAGCAGGUUGACGUGAGCGGGUUCCUACACAAGGAUGCGAGGACUAGGGAGACGGGUUCUCGGAAACCCUAUGCACCCGCCCGGAGCCAAGUGGGAAACUUCCCGAGGACGGGGCCCCAUCGCGCGAAGUUCACUGCGGAGUCGGUGUGGGACUUAAAACAGUCCUUCCAGAAGCUUGGGAGUGAUCUGGUCAUCCGUGCGGGACGGUUAGCGGAGGUCCUGGACGACAUGAUUGAGCAGUUCGAGCGGGAUGAUAGCGUUUUGUCCACAGAAGAUGGUCGACUCGAACUUGUGGGCGUCUGGAUGACAUCGGACGCUCUACCCGAAGAGAAGGAGGAUGAAGCGCAGAUUAAGGCCGUCCUGGAAAAUGGGGGGAAGCAAUUCCGUCUCUUCGGGGACGAGAAAUACUUCGUCGAUGAUGCCGAUCUCCCGUAUUCCUCCAUGAACGAGCUCCCGGACGUCUACACCACGUUCCGCAAAUCCCUCGAGCCGCUCCGCUCGAAACCACGGCCAGUGCGCGCUGCUCCCCAGAAGGGCUCCCUACCACCCUUUCCCACCUCCACAUUGAUCCCCCCGCAAUUCGCCCCUUACGAGAUCCCAACCACGCUAGAAACCCUGACCGAGCGACUCCUCCGCCCCCUCGAUCUCGAUUCCGCGCUGAAUUUCUUCAACGCCGCCCCCUCCGAAGCACACUGGGUGUCCACCUAUACCGCCAAACAAGUCACCAACGCCCACCCCCUCUCCGGUGGCGAAACUCGCGGCCAGCAUCGCGUCCAGCACCUGCUCCGCACCGGCGCCAUGACCCUCUACCAUGAGACGCGCAAUGGCCUUGUCGGUGAGGACUUCAGCACGAAGUUGUCCGGCUAUCUCGCCAUCGGCGCGCUGACUGCGCGCUGGGUUCACUGGCAGAUGCACGCGUUCGAAGAGGGCAAGAUCCCGGCGUCCUCGGACAAGGAGGCGGACGAUGACGAGGAUGAAUGGAAGGCCGCGCCAGGCUUUGGCGGGGGGGAGUCGGAGGGUACGGCGGGCGUGCGGUUCGAACUCCUCUGGCGCGACUACAUGCGCCUAUGCGCGCAGAAGUUCGGCGCGCGGCUAUUCCUCCUCGAUGGGUUUCGCGGCGCGUCCGCACGGCCGACGACCGCCGGCUCGGAGUCGACGACCUCCACCAUCACAUCCCCGACAAAGUCCGCCCCCACCAAGACCUGGCGCUUCCUCACUGAACAACAGGAAGCCGAGUCAACAUCCCCGAAACCUACGACGCUACCCGCCUCCGCGAACAACGCGCCGUCGUUCGCUCUGUCCACGCAACAGGUGCUCCACCGCUUCGUCACGGGCACGACGGGCAUCGGGCUCAUCGACGCCUCGAUGCGCGAGCUCGCCGUGACGGGUUACACGUCCAACCGGGCGCGACAAAACUGUGCGUCCUUCCUCUCAUCCCCAUCGCACCUCGGGGUCGACUGGCGGCUGGGGGCGGAGUGGUACGAGUGCUGCCUCGUGGACUACGACGGGGCGAGCAACUGGGGCAACUGGCAGUACGUGGCGGGGGUGGGCAACGAUCCGCGGGAGGGGCGGGUGUUCAAUCCGGUGAAGCAGGCGGUGGAGUACGAUGGGCGGGGGGAGUACGUGCGAGCGUGGGUGGCGGAGUUGCGGGAGGUGCGGGUCGGGGAGGGGGGUGUGGAAGGGUUGAUGGGGGUGUUUCAGGGGUGGAGGUUGGAGGGGGAGGAGAGGGAAGGGCUGGAGGGUGUGGAAUGGGUGGAGAGGCCGUUGGUGAGGAUCCCGUUUGAAGUGGCGAGGAGGCCGAGGGAGGGAGGGAGGAGGGCCAGGGGGGGUGCGGUAGGGAGGGGGGGGGGAGAGAAUAGAGCGAGGGGACGGGGGGGAAGGGGGAGGGGACAAUCUAGAGGGGGUGGCGGGGAGAAGGGACGGGGACGAGGUCAAGGUGGUUCUAGAGGGAGCAGGUCGGGUUCGCGUGGCGUUCGGGGUCAGGCGGAGUGA